AUUUAUGUUACAAAUCCGCGCUAAUGAAUUUGAGUUGCUUCUAGAAUCUUGGAUCUGUAUUUUCUCUCCGCGUGGAAGGAUGUCACCGACUUAGAUCAGGAACUCUAUUCUGCACUUUCUUCAAACAUUCGAGAACGGACAAUAUAGAAACCUAACACUGUAUAGAGUUUUAUCGAUUGACUUUCUUGAAGAAAAAAGAAAUAUAACAACAUUUUUGUUGACUCGGUUUAGAAGAUAAUGAUGGAGAUAUGAAAUGAUUGUGCGAAGUAUUGCUCAUCCUACUUAUGGAGUGAAAUACCCGCUGAGGCUAUAAUGCUAUAAUUCGAUUGUUCGAUUGACGUUCGGAGAUUUCACUCUUGAAUGGUUGUUUCAGCUGAUGGAUAUAUGACUCUAUAUGUUCUUCUCUACUAUUGGCUGCCUGUCGUAGAUUACAAAAGGAAAUAUUGAACCACUGUUGUUAAUUGUAUGUAAUGAUUUCAGCUCUUCGUUUUCGAAACCAACUUUCGUGACCAUCUAACCCAAACCACUGUUUCACAUUCAAUACUUUGAUACUCUGCCGAGCCUAUAAGUGCAAAGGAUGCGGGAUUUUGUACUAGCUGGCAAAUAUACUGUUUAUUCGUUUAACGCUGGCACAAGUAAAAUCGGAAACAUUAACAGUAUUCCGUGAUCAUGGCUCAAAGCCCAAGUUCAACGAAAUCCCAUAAACCUCAAUAUUUAGCCGAUUAAUGCAGCAUUGGCUCGCGUCAGUGUUUUAGCUUAGCAGAUUGGGUGCAUGGUGCACGUUAUUUCAUAUGAACUAUCGUCAUUCGCUAGUAUUGGAUAUUAUAAUUGAAUUAGUUCCUGAAAUCCAUCAUUACUUUCCAAAAUGGAUGAUUACUGAGGAAUUAGAAACAUAAGCAGCAAUUAGUAGCUCCGUCCUCGCGUCUGGUAGAUCCUUGUUUCUUCUUCUAACCUACCAUCAGCCAUCACCCUGGAACCGAAACCAGCGGAGGAACAGCAGACGUCAUCUUCUACGCCUGCUGUAGCGAGGAUGCAAAAAGCCCUGCGCAAGCUGCAUAGCGUGGCCAGCAUGAGCCGACCUGCGGCCAAUGGAAAGGCUCGAAGCCACACCCCUACGACCAAUCAGGACCUUGCAAGCCUGUUUGAAUGUCCGGUGUGCUUCGACUAUGUUCUACCACCGAUCCUUCAGUGUCAGAGCGGUCAUCUAGUCUGCUCUAAUUGCCGACCCAAACUCAACUGCUGCCCCACGUGUAGGGGUCCAUUAGGGAGCAUCAGGAAUUUAGCUAUGGAGAAGGUAGCCCAGACCGUCAUGUUCCCGUGCCGCUACGCAUCGUCCGGCUGCGUGGCCACCAUGUCCUACAACGAGAAGCAGGACCACGAAGAAACGUGCGAGUAUCGCCCCUACUCCUGUCCUUGCCCGGGGGCCUCCUGCAAGUGGCAAGGAUCGCUGGACCAAGUCAUGCCCCACCUGACGCAUGCCCACAAGAGUAUCACCACGUUGCAAGGUGAAGAUAUUGUAUUCCUAGCUACCGACAUCAAUCUUCCUGGUGCUGUGGACUGGGUCAUGAUGCAAAGCUGCUUCGGCCAUCACUUUAUGCUCGUCCUGGAGAAGCAAGAGAAGUACGAUGGACUCCAGCAAUUCUUCGCUAUCGUCCAACUGAUUGGAUCAAGAAAACAAGCCGAAAAUUUUGCUUAUAGAUUAGAACUGAACGGCCAUAGGAGACGGCUAUCAUGGGAAGCCACACCCCGCUCCAUCCACGAAGGCGUCCAAGCCGCCAUCAUGAACAGCGAUUGUCUAGUCUUCGAUUCUAGUAUCGCGCAACUCUUCGCAGAAAACGGUAACCUCGGUAUCAACGUCACGAUAUCGAUGUGCUGAGGGCGCCUGUUAUAAUUUAAGUGCAAUCUUGUGUCAUUUUAUUGUAUUUUUUUUGGGGGGGUAGGUGUGAUAAAGGGUGAUUUCAAGGUCACUUUUGGUGUUGGUGUUGAGAAUGUUUGACUACCAGCUAUAAUGCCGCAAAUCGAUUUACAAGUAUAAUGCUAGUUAAUUCAUGCCUUUUAUAUUUCAUUCAGUAAUCUUGAAAUAUUAGUUAUGAAUCUUUUAUGGGAAGUAGUUACGAUUGCAAUGCGACCACAUAAAAUGGGUGAGUUUUUACUUUGCAAUUGUCACUUUUUCCCCUAAAAGAAUCUGAACUAAUAUAAUACCAAUCACAUUUUGAUAAUAAUAUAUCACUUUUGUAGUUUUUCAUACCAUGGUACAUAUGCUCUAGGCCCUUACAGACAGCAGUUCAGUGGAUUCCUUCUCUCCCAUACAAAACGUGUGUACUACUCCACUCCCUGGGGAGGAUUCUGAUUCUAAAAAGAGCUAAGCUCCAAUUCUAGGAAAUUUACACUGUCUUUUGCAUCCUACCGGGUACCCAUUUAACACCUGGGUGGCGAGUGGCAAAGUGAGUGUUAACACAUUAUUGAAGGAGGGCUGUGCUGUGCUUGGAUUCAAACACUUGAUCCCCUGAUUUAGAAAGCAAGAGUCAGGACCACUACACCAUGAGGAUUCUCCAUUGAGUGCUCAACACUGUGCUAAGCACCAGUUUUUAUUUCAAGUUCAGUGUUAUGGCCUGUGUAAACACCAACACCAGAGCUGCCAAGUAGUACUGGUUUUCAGUAAUUAUUUCUGAAAAAUGAGAAAGAAUACUGGUGGAUUCAUGCAAAUUACUGGUUUCUAAAGUUUCAGUUUUAUGUGUUGUCCUAUGGUAUUUCUGUAAAAAUACUGAUUUUUCUUACCCAAGUACUGAUUUUCAGCCUUAAAGAUACUGAAAUGUUCUUGAUCAGGUUGUCAUCUCUUCAACACCAACACCAAAUUGACACUAAACUUAAAACCACCCUCUGAUUUCUUGGAUUUAGGGUGCUACAUAUAAUAUUUCAGGAGAGCAUUCCAUCAUUAUUUGUCAUCCAACAAGCUGUCAUAUCUGAUAACUUUCCUUGAUUUCGAUUGGUUGAGGUCUGACUGUUACUAUGGUAACUGUCUGACGAUGGAGGGC